UGUUGUGUAUACUAAAUCAAACUGGUUUUGCAAUGGACGCGUAUGUGCAUCCUUUGUUUGUAAUAUGCUGUGAUUUUUAAUGACAAUGAGGUUUUGUUGCUGAACUUGUGAAUAGUAUAUGUGAAGGUUACACACAAUGAUUAAUUUUUUAAAUCAGAGUUUGGUAUUCCUUGAAAUGGUUAUUAUAGUUUUGAACUUGUUUAUGGCAUGUAUUGGUUGUUAUAAAAGCAAGGGAGGAAAUAUUUCAAUAACAGAUGCCAGUGAUUCAGUUUUCAAAUAUAUGUACAUUUCUGGCAAAAGUUAUGAAAAGUGAUCAAUCAAGUGCAGAGGAUCUAUCAAGUGCAACAAAAAUUUUAUUAUGUAUAAAUAUCACUUUCUCAGUUGGUGAAAAAUUUGUUGCCAGUGAUUGCAGACUUUGCUAGAUGGUCGGGCAGAACAUUUUUUAUUGAAGAUUUGCACAUUAUAUGGAAGUCAUUCCAAAAUAACAGAAGAUAUUUUAAAUAGCUGCAAGGAAAUUCUGUAUUAAGCUCUUUUCAAAACAAAAUAUGGAUUUUCAAUCCCUGGUGAACAAGGAUGGUUUCAAAACCAUUCUCCUUUACCAUUUAAAAAGUCAAGUUAGAAGCAAAUUUGGGAAUGCUAUUUCAAACAAGAUUCAAGAGCAUAUUGAGAAAGAUGAAUCUUUAUCUUCGGAUAACCUUGUCACAGAGUUAAGUAGCAACGUUUCUGAAUCGAAAGAAUUUCAGGACCUUUUUAAGUCGUACAUAGAUAACCUAAAUGUUCUCUUCAGUGACAAAGAAUCUUUUGUUCCAAAAGAUGAAAAAUUAGGUUCGGAUUCACAGUGUAGUUCAGCAUCUAGUAUGAAUAUAUCAUCCAUUGAUUUUUUAAGUCCACACCAGUUUCAGAAUAUUACUCAAUCCUUGUUGAAUGGAAUAUUUGUUGAAAAACUGGAAGCUAUUGAAACACUUUGUAGACUACCUGCUCUGGAGCAUAUCAUCAAACCAACUUUGUGGCCAGAAAUUGAGAGUGGUCUUCAGAAUGCUUUGUCAAGCAAUGUUGUCUUAAUUAAAGAUGCCAGUUUGAAACUUUAUUCAAAGAUGCUUAGUUCUCCUGAACCAAAAGUUGUUCAAGAAAGCUAUACUAGUCUCAUAAAAUUCCUCCUACAUAAACUUUUACCCCUCUUAAAUAAAAACAACACAGAUUCAUAUUUCAUGUAUAAGUGUAAGUGUGCAGUGGAAGUCAUAGCAAUUCUAAAUAAGUUCCUUCAAAAUAUAUCUUCGCACUGGUUACGAUAUCCUCAAUCAGUUAUUGAGGAAAUAACUGUUCUGAGCUUAAGUAUAUUAUCACACAGUUGCAAAUAUUCAAGUCAUUUCCCUACUUGGAUAUGUGUUGCUCUUUGUGAUCCUAAAGCAAAAUGGUUAAAGAAUAUCCUCUUUGGACAUAUUAGCAGAGGAUUUUUACUAAGUGCUUUAGAAAGAGAUUUUCAUUUGCUACAAUUUGCUGUUGAAUUCUGUGAAAAAUUUGCCUCUGCUGAUGAUUAUUUAGCAUUAAAAGAUAAAUGCUGUCAAAAGUCUGCUUUUGUUGCAGAAAUAACACAUAUAAUCUGUUUUCUUUCUCAUAUUCUUCAAUACUACCAGGGAAGAGAAAUUUUUGCGUAUGUGUCACAAGGAACAUUAUCACCAUGCUGGAUGAAUGCGCUGAACUUAGUGAUGAAAUGCACUCGGAAACUAUGCUGUGUAACUUGUUUUAAUUGCUGUGCUGUUGUAUGUGAAAUAGUUUCAAAAAAGUGGUCAUAUUUUUGGGAUGGUGAUAUAUCUAUUACAGGUAACAGUCUGACAGAAAUGCUUAUAUUUCCUCAUUGUGAUGUAGGAUGUACAGCAGUAAGUAGUAUUUAUUUCACAAUACAAUGUUUAUGUGAGGCCCUUGAUAGCUUCUAUAAUGUUUCUGAUAUCCUUCCAACAGGUAAGGUUGAUCAUUUUAUAUGUGCACUUUUGAAACAUUGUAUUGAUUUUUAUUUUAUAAACAGUGAUUUAAAUCAGGUGCCAAUAUGUGUUUUAAACAUCUUAAUUUCUUGUCUUUGUCUUGUGAAGAAAAUAUUAUCAACUCCUUCAACUUUUUUUCUGAAGAGUCAGUUUAAUGAAGUUCUUAAAAUAUGGUGGUUAAAAACUAAUGACUUUUGCAAGAAAAAGUCAACUAUUAAUGACUGUGAUUUAGCAUCCAGCCAUCGCAAUGAAGUUACAUCAGAAUUAGAGAAUAAAAUGUCACUGCUACAUAUGUGCUUUUUGGGAAAACCAUUUGGCAUUCAAAUUUUACAUAAUGCUGAAUACUUGGAAAUAAGUUUGCAUGUUUUAUUAGAAAAAAUGCUUACUGAUUUGAAGCAGAAGAACUCCCUUUGUCCCCGUGAUUCUUUGUUGCUGUCAACUGCACUGAAUUCAAGUUUUUCGCUGACUUCUAUUUUAAAUAAGUCUUUAUUGUUCAAACUUUCUUCAGUAAUUUGGCAAGCAAAUGAAAUGGAAAAUUUAUUAGAAAGUCCAAUUAAACUCAUGUUAGAAAUAUUGGUACCUUCCAUAUUUACUGAAUUAACUACUAAUGAAAUGUUAGUUGAUACCAAUUGUGAUAAUCCAAACCAGUUAUUUGAAUAUGUGUUAUUGUUUCCUAAUUUGACAACUCACGACUGCAUACCACAUGAAGACUAUAACAUUCUUGCUUUACAAGUUAUUUCUUCAUUGACAUCUUCAAUUCAAUCUGUAUGUAUUCUGCAAGCUAAAUUCAUGUUGAUAGAAAUGCUUUUUGAACUUCAAUCCCAGCAUGUGAAUAAUGAUGGAAUAUUAAUAACAGAUCCUAUAACAAUAUUAGUUAAUCUUAUUUUAGUGAAGAUGUAUGCAGUUGGGGGUCCAGAAGAGAAGGUUCUGCCUCCUGAAUUUCUAGAGAACAGCACUGAAUACAAUUGGCCUUUUAUUCAAAGCUAUCCUCUUCCUGAAAUAUAUUAUCAUGAGCUGUCAUUGGAUAAUAAUUUUAAUAUGAAUUUCUGCAUUACAGAAAUUCAUCAAGUGAAUUUGCAGAAUGUCUUUCUGAAGUGUAUCCAGUCUAACAAACAAUUAACACCAGAUUUUCUUUUACAUUUGUUAAAAUGUAACCUUAAUCUAUUAACUGCUGAUUUAGACUUUUCCAAGACCUUGAAUUUUGUAACUUUAGAUUCACCCAGUGAAAUAGUCUUGGAAGAUGAAAUACUUUAUGGAAUUUCACUGACAAAUAGAUAUGGAAAUAUUUUAAAACUGACAUCAGCUGAUGAUUCAUGGAAAUUAGAAAAAUUGUUGAAAGCAGUAAAAUGUUUUUUUGGAAUAGAAAAUUAUGUAAAAUUUGAUACUUUUGUGAACACAAUUUACCUAAUUUUUAAAGCUGAUUUAGAAGCAUGUUGGCUAUUUUUAGAAACCUUUGCUACAUCCAAAAAUUCUCUUUUCAUUUGGUCUGAGCGAUUAUUACAAGCAAAAGGUUAUGAUUCUCAGAAGUAUACAACGUUUUACUGUGCAAUGCUGGAACAAUGCGAUAUUAUUGUAAAAACAACUCUGCCACUUGUUUUUAAUGCUCUCAAAUCGUGUGGGAUUUUGCCAUCUGUUAUUUUCAAAUACUGGACAAACCAGUGUUAUUGGAAUUAUUUAGAUUUUAUUGAAAUAGCUCAAUUUCUGCUCAUGAGUAUAAUACAUUCUGGUGAUUUUGUAAUAUAUUUCUUUGUUUCUAUUUUGAAACACCUCCAGCCUGUGAUAUUAAAACAUGCACAUGAUUGUGAUAUUUUCAGCAUUUUGAAAAAAAUGCCUGUUCAUAAUUAUAAGUUAUUUAAUUACAUACAGUUCAUAAUUGAGCUUUCUGACUGUUUUCAUGCCUCUGUGUCUGAAACAGUUAUGGAUAUUCUGGCUGAAAAAAUGUCAUAGAUUAUAUUUGUUAAAUACUUUUAUUGAAAUUUAAUGUUUAAAUGUUGUUGAAGUGUAUUGUAUGCUACAGAGCAGACUUUCAAAUUUCUAGAAAUGUCAUAUAAUGAAUCAUAUUUAAAUUUCAAUAACAAUGUACUUGCAUUUACCAGGAAGAAUUGAAAAGCAAUGUAUUCUAUUUUUUUUUUUUUUUUUUUUUUUUUAAAGAAACACUUGCAUAGGUUUAAUACAAAGAAUGCUCAAAUAUGAACAGGAAUCUAACAUUUAAAUUGUAUUUAUUAAUAUAAACAAAAUGACUUACAAUCUGAUUUUCUGUUUAGUCAUUGACCAUCAUGAUCUUUUUCUUCCAAAAACCUAAGAAAUUUCUUGAUUCCGAAAAAAUAAAACUUUUGUGAUUGAUAAAUUUUUGCAAAGUGUUAAUAAUCUGUUCAUUAGAUAUGAAUUUCUUCUGUCUUAAAUUUUUUUUUUAGAGGAUCAAAGAGCUUAAAGCAUGAUGGUGCUAAAUCACCUCAAAUUUGAGGUGAAAUGGUACUUCUGUUUUUCAAAGAUCUAAUGAUGAUUUGCUGUGCAGCGGUAUUGUGAAUCCCUUACCCCCAACAAGUUGAUUACAACUGAAAGGAGUUGUGAAAAGAAGAGCUAGCCAGUUAUUGACAAGUGUGUUAUUGUGACUAUCUUACUUGUCUAACAGUAAUAUCAGAACAAGUCUACAAAAUUUUAUUGUGGUGAGAAGCAUGGAGUUGUUUCUGUCAUUGGCAUGUGCCUUCAGCACCUUAUUAUUAGAGUAUGUCUUUGCCCAUCUCCAUCUUAAUUUUAAUGGAGAUUCUCCCAGGGAAUGAUUACAAGGGCCUCCCACCCCCGGCUCCUAUUACAAAACCAAUUGAGAUUACUUUUGGCUCAACUGUGUAUUUUAAAUGCUGCCAUGCCACAAAGACACUAUGCAUUUACUCGAAAUGAGAAUAAAAGGCUAUCUAAGCCUUUUAUUAUAGCCUUUUAUUCUCAUUUCGAAUCCAGGCCUAAUGCAUCCAGCAACACUAACCACUAUAUAGAUCAGGGUGGCUUUGAAAAUUGUAAAUACUGUAUUUCCUUAUGUAUCCCCCCAUAGCUUUUUGGUACCAGGUUCUGAAAAUUUUAAAAAUAUUCACGCAAUUUUGCCGUUCAUCAAUGCAUUCAGAAGAUGAGUUCCCCAAAACUUUAAAAUAGAUUCAUCCAUGUAAUGACUGUUUUCAUCGUACUAACAAACUCUUGCAAAUACUUGUGAAGGUCAUGCUAAGCCUUCUCUUCUAAUUGUUGAACUUUACACUAGCCUAUUAUACGAACCAACCCAUCACUGCGAAACAAACAUGAACUGACAUUCAGUUUACGAUUUUGUGAGUUAGAUGCACAUUCACCUGCUCCAAUUUUUUAAGGAGGAUUUGAGGUCUAGUAGCAGCGAAAACAUUAAAACUGGAGUAUCCGGUCCUCGCCUGAUCACCGGGACCAAAGGCUAAGAGGAAAAAGCAUGUUAAAUCAUAGCACUAAAAAAAUCAGUGAAAUUAAAUUUUUGAAAAACCCUAAUUAAAGAAUUUUGAUAUCUACUGACUGAAGCUGUUGGCUCACUAACAUCUUUAUUAACCUUCCGGCGGGCGCGCCUUCUGCACCAACAGGUCGUGCGUAUUUCGCUAGAUACGCUAUUAUAAAAAAUAAAUUUUCCAGAGCAAAAAUAUUGAAAUUAUUUUGUAAAUAGUUAAAUGUUAAUAAGUACAAUUGAGUUAAACAAUAUGAACUUUAAAUUAAGGAAAUAAAAUAAGUAUAAA